GAUUUCCCCGCAGUACUCUUCGUACUUUCGAUCGAAAAGCUUCCAAAACUUAGAAGCGCUCGAAAAAAUUUUACCUAAAGUUGUGGAAACUUUUUUUUCCCUUUUAAUUAAGAACUGAAAUAUUCCACGCUAUUCAAAUGGAAAGUCCAUAACGAGAAAGUCAUCAAUUUCUCAUAUUAAUAACAAAAAUAAACAAGACGUGGAUUACCAGUCGUGGAUAAAUAUUUAUCAGUUAACAAUAGAAGCUUUCAAGUAUCGGAAGCUCAAAUUGAAAAAAAAAAAAUAGAAUUGUGAUAUAAUAUUUAUUUCAUCCUUUACUUAUCCAAUAUCAAAAAAUUAAAGCUUCUCACUUAAAACAGUGAAUCGCCAAAUUGUGUGAGGAAAACAGAAAAGAAAGCAAAAAGAGAAUAAGUAAAGAAAGUGAGAAAGAAUAAUAAAAAAGGUUUUCCGAAGCGUCACAUAGAAGAAUCGUUAUCGCAUGAUGAAAUUUCCAACUCUAUGGAUUUGUGGAUUACUAUUGCUGGCUGGGGGAAAGGGUGUACGGGCUUGGGGUGGACUCUUCAACCGUUUCUCACCCGAAAUGCUUAGUAACAUGGGCUAUGGGAGUCAUGGAGGUUCGUCUUUCCGAGCUCAGCCUUUGUUUCAAGGAGAAAAUUUCAUUGAAGAGGAACCGGCAAUAAUCGAAGAGGAAAUUUGUUACGGCAAAAGAUGUACAGCAAACGAGCAUUGUUGUCCAGGCAGUGUGUGUGUUGAUGUUGAUGGAGUAAUUGGAAACUGCUUGUUUGCUUAUGGGCGUAAAUUGGGAGAGCUUUGUCGUCGUGAUGCUGAUUGUGAGUCAGGUUUAGUCUGCGAUGUGUCUGCAGUUGGCGGUGCCAGUGUUUGUCGGGCUCCAAUGGUCGUUGCUAAACAAUACGCCGAAGAGUGUACAACGUCAAGUGACUGCGAUAUCACCAGAGGAUUGUGCUGUCAAUUACAGAGAAGACAUCGCCAAGCACCGCGAAAGGUCUGCUCAUACUUCAAAGAUCCUCUCGUUUGUAUUGGAACAGUGGCUAUGGAUAAAAUUCUGAAUCAGGAAAUUGAGCAUACAGCUGGAGAAAAGCGAUUGACUUCUUACAAACGGUCCGUGAAAUAGAAUAACUUCUAACCAUGACGACACAAUGCAAUCAACCUAAUGCCGAAAGCGAAUCCUAUCCUAGAGGUAACAUGAUAAAUAUAGUGAAAAACAAAUUGCAAAAGGCGCUUUGGAUCUACAUAAGGUCUACCAUUUAGUUCUACAUAGUUCAUAAGAUGAAAAGUCAUAUUUUAAAUGAAAGUUCUUCGCACACCCACACAUGAAAUCUUUUUAAAAUUCUGUGGAAAAAAAUAAAUCAAUCGAAAACUUAUGCACACAAACAUAUCAUAGGGUUUAAGAAACAAAACUUCAUGAGAAAAUUUGACUUUGAAACAUGCAAGCUGUUAAGCUAAUCGCUAUAAAAAAAGUAAAUAUUCAAAGUUCAGCUUUACAUGCAAACAUAUAGUGGAUUUACAAUCUAAGCUUUCUCGUAUAGUGCGUGACUUUGUAAAAAUGUUUUCAUGUAUCAAUCAGGAUUAAAAGGAUUUGUUUCAGGUCUAAUGGAAUCUUAAGUAAACUCAAUUUAAUGGAUUAAAAGAUUAAACAGAAACAAAGUAUCAAAACGGAUUUGGUUUAUACUUGCAUAUAAAAAAAGGUUUAGUACGAAAAACAGCUGAAAAUUUAAAACAUGUCAACGUAUGUAAGCGAGGUUUUAAAAUCUCAUUAAGAUUUUGGUAUAUAUGAAGAAAAAAAAAGCCCCAAUAAGCUGAAAGUUUAAAAAUACUUGGAAGAGCGUAAGCGAGGUCAUAAAUCCACUGUUCUCACUAUUUAAAUGCUGAUCUUUUAAAUAAAUAAAAAAGAAAUAAGUCAUUGAAAUUAUGGCAAUCGAAACAUAUCAACAUUAAGCCAUCCAAACUUUUAAUUUAGAAAUAAAACUUUUUCAAUUUAAUCAGCUUAUUAAUUUUCACUCAUAAACACGGAAAUCCUAAAGGGAAAUACCGUCGAUGACGAAUAAAAAAAAAGUUUCGAAUUCCCCACUCAUAAAAUAUUUUUUCUUUACUUUGCUUCAUAAAAGUUCUAAUGGAAAAAAAUAAACAAUGUUAAUAUUAAAUAUGAAUGAUAAAACUUUUCCUCCUCGCGUUUAUUUUUAUUGGUUCUUAAGCAUCAUUUGUAUCAACAAUGCAAAGAAAUGAAAUAUCUAGCGAUAUCGAAGAAAUGGAAAUAAAGGGAAAACAAGGGAAAAUGCGAAAGUUGUUAAAUGUUAAAUGUUUGUUAUCAGAAAUAUGAUGGGAAAGCUAAGGUACUGUCUGUUGAAGAAAAAGCUGUCAUGAAAUAUUUUUUACGUUCUUUCCUUCUUUAACUCAUAGCUCGGUGGAAAUUGUUCGUUCCUCUGAAAUAUAUUUAUAUAUCUAUUAUGAAAAAUAAGUGAGAAAUGUGUAUAAAAGGCUCUAAAUCGGCUGAGAAUUACGCUAUAAAAUGAAAUGUGUCGUUUAUUUUUAAGAAAAUUGAAAUUUAAAGAAAUAUUUUAUUUACUCAUGCGCCUCAGUGUUAUGAAAUAAAUUUAUUUCAAAUGAGAUGAAGACAAUUUAAAUUUGAUUCAUGGAAAAUAAAUAAGACAUUUAGUGUAAAUAUACUUUUAUGAAUAUAUGAAGAAUUAAUUUUAAAGGUCGUUCUAUAUAUUCAUCACACACUCAAAAAUAUGUUCCAAAGUUAAAAAGAUGGAAUUAAAUGUUCUUAAAUUCAAACGAACUAGAACAAGUUCUAGGGAGAGAAAACAUUUUAAGGCUUAACGCCUUUGGACCUACACGUUCUGAGAAAAUAUCAUUGAAGGGCAGCUUGGUUGAUAAAAAAAUAAAACAUACAAUUUUUACUUUGUAAUGAAAAUUUGUUCCUCGAGAUGCUUUUUCGUUGACAUCCUAAACUUAAAGAAACUCUUUGAAAGAGUAUUCAAACGAUAAAAUCUUCAGAAAGGAACAAUUUUUCUUUAAGAAAAUAUAACUUGCGUCAUGAUUUCAACCAUUUUCUAUCUUCGCUUUUGCCUACAAUCUAAGGAAAGAUAUUUCGUUAUGUUUAUAGCUAAAAAGGAAGAAGAGUAAAGUUUUAGUGCUAUGAGACUAAAGUAAACGUUGUUAUAAAUAUGACUACAUGGUGAAGACACUUUAUCGUCCAAAGUAUGUAAGUUAAACGAUGUUUACACAAAGGAAAAAUGCGUCAGCAAGCAAUGGAGGAAAUGAUGGUGAAGUUUGAAGAAAAGUGAGCGGCUUAAAGUGCUAAAGAGCUUUUGUUCUCUUCAUCACUUUCUGUUGGACGUUGUGUUUAAUUGACGGAAAUAUUUAAUUUUAAGACAAGCUUUCAUGUUUGCUUCAACUACGUAACGUGAACAUCAUCCUUAAAAUUUGACUAACUAACAUCUAAAAAAGCAGAACAUCGCUAGAAAGCAAAUUCUGAAAAUUUGUCUUCAAUUAAUUAUUUAAUUUUAAUUAAACACAAUCAAUCCUUUUCAAAUUAAGAAGUCAAAAGUCGUUAAGUGAUUUCUUUAUCCAUCCUUGCUCUCAUUUAAGUCAACAAUUCGUGACACAACCGAAUUAAAAUAUUUAUUGGCAUGGAAAUCAAUGAUGAGGACAAGGAUUUAAUAACUUUAAAUGAAAUAUUGAUUUUUGGUUAAAAGAUUGACUGAAUUCACUUUAUCGAACUUUGACUUCAUAAGAACAUUAAUAAAAAUUUCAUCCAUCUUGCAAUUUAAUGUCGAAGAUUUAUCAAUUUUUAUUUAAAGCUCUGUUUGAAUAUUUUUCCAUCAUGCUGCUUCCAUUCAGCAGAGCUUCAAACGUGUAAGCUUAAGCAUUAAAUCUGAUGUACUUUUUAGUCAAACAUGAUUGAUUGCAUAAAAUGUAUGUGCUUUAUAUUAAGUUAUCAGCAGCUCUGAACAUCGCAACAUGAACUUUGCAUCUUGCUUUUCAUGUGUAUAUUCACACUUUGCCAUUAAUUUAAACUUGCAAAGUUGAACAAAUUUAUCUCCACUUUCCAUUGCAAUUUUUACCGUGUAAUGGGUUAAAAUGCAAUAACUUAAUUAAAAUAUAAAAGCAUAAAACGAAAUUAAAUGUAAUAUUCUCGUUUAAACAAAAGUUGAAUGCGAAAAACUGACAGAAAAUUGUGUUUCAUAAUUUUUUUUCACUGUGGGGAAUUCGCAUUCGAAUUGAAUUCCCUUGAAACUGCACAUUUAAUUAAUGAAGCAGUUUUUUUAUUUACAGUUCAAUGAAUCCUAAAUACCUAACAUUACAAGGCGUUAACUGCAAAUAUUGUGAAGGAAAAAAACGUGCAACCAAAAACAUAUCAAAAAAAUGAACAUAAAUAUUUCCUUAUCUAAGAUUGAAUGAAAUGUGAAAUGUGAAAUUCAUUCAAAUUGCAAACAUAUCAUUUUGAUGACAGAUUAAAAAUAAAGUUAAAUCAACAACAACAAUUACUUAAUUCAAAUGGGCCUAUACAUAUCAUUGAAAAGACAAAAAAUAUCAAUUCUCUUGAUUGUGAAUAAAUAAAAGUCGAGGUAAAGCUACAAUUCGAUACAUAUCAAUUUUGAUGAAAAUGAACAAAAAAAGAAGAGUUUUUACAUGUAUUAUUAAUCUUAAUAUUAUUAUAAACUUCUAAUCUAUGUUAUAAACGACAUUUAUUAAUUAUUGAUGAAAUCUGUCAAUAAAUGAUGGUAAAAAAUAAAACAUUUAAACAUAUCACUAUUUGAAUAUAACUUUUAAAUUUAUGUUCUUGGUGUUGACAAAUAAAAAAAUUGAGGAAAGGAAAAAAAUUUACAUUGAUGUAGCAGAAAAUGCAAAUUGAAGACACGAACAGAGAAAAAUGAAAAGUGAAAACACAAACAAAAUCAUGGAAAAUUGAAAUGAAGAAUUGUAUAAUUAAAAGAAAAACCAAAAAUGUAUCAACAUUCAAAUAAAGAAUAAAAUUCCAAGAAGGAUCAAAAAGGGA